AUGCCGAAAAUACAAAGGAAGAAGAAGCAAAUUAAGAUCAGGAGAAAGCUCAGAGUCCUUCGCUGUUCUGGAAAUUCCCGGCGGCGGCGUUGAAACGGCGUCGCUUUAAAUUUCUGGGUGUGUGGGUGAUGGGCGAUGAGAAGUCGUCGUCGUCGUCAAUUGUAAUGGCAAGCAGCAGAGACAGAGAGCCGCGAGAUCGAGAGCUUCUCAUUCCGGUCGCCGACUCCGGCGAUGAAGACCUUUCUUCCAAGCCAUCUUCGUCUUCGUCCUCCUCGCACCACCUCACUGGCCGCGAGACUUUUUACAAAGUUUUUAGAAGUUGGGCGUCAAAGAAGUUCAUGACUGGAUGCGUGAUCCUAUUUCCAAUAGCCAUCACUUUCUACAUAACUUGGUGGUUUAUUCACUUUGUGGAUGGCUUCUUCUCUCCAAUAUAUGCUCAGCUAGGAAUCAACAUUUUCGGUCUUGGAUUCGUAACUUCCAUUACAUUCAUAUUUUUGGUUGGGGUGUUCAUGUCAUCAUGGCUGGGUGCAUCUGUCCUGGGUCUCGGUGAGUGGUUUAUCAAAAGAAUGCCAUUCGUUCGUCAUAUCUACAAUGCCUCCAAGCAGAUUAGUUCCGCCAUAUCCCCAGAUCAAAACACGCAAGCCUUCAAGGAAGUGGCCAUCAUAAGGCAUCCACGUAUUGGAGAAUAUGCUUUUGGGUUCAUUACUUCAUCAGUUACCCUUCAGAACUAUGCUGGUGAUGAGGAAUUGUGCUGUGUUUAUGUUCCCACGAACCAUUUGUAUAUUGGUGAUGUCUUUCUGGUCAGCACCAAGGAUGUGAUCAGGCCAAAUUUAUCCGUACGGGAAGGAAUUGAAAUUGUUGUGUCUGGAGGCAUGUCGAUGCCCCAGAUUCUGUCAACGGUUGAUUCCCGGAUUAUGCCAGUGGUUAGCUGAGUGAAGGUGUUAGAUAUUAGCUUGGUUCCUUCUUUAUUACCUUGUUUGGUUCCCUAGUGUCAUCAGAUUGGCCAUGCACUCAAUGUGAUGCAAUUCUUAUCAGAUUACCCAAGAUUCUGGUGACAUUUGUAACAUGUUUGUCAUGUUAGAAUGUAGAAAUUGUAGUGUUGGCUUGGAAGAUAUAGUUUUGAUGGAUUAAUGAUUAUACAGGCUUUUAAGCGGUUUGGUUUGA